AUGUCGCUGUUCCCUCCCUCUCCGCCUGGUAUCUACGAGUUCACCGAGGUUCUCACAUUUCACUUUUCAGACCCCUCUGUACCCCCAGCGCUUUCUGACGAGAGCACCGCUGUGGGAAAAGUUUGGGCAUCUACACUAAAGACAUAUCUCGAGCUAGAGCAAACUGGCAUAGUCUACUGGACCCUCGUGCAUGGCUCUUCUCAGAGAGCCAAGUUAUUCGUCGACUGGAAGACGGACCUUGGGAGAGAACAGUUUGAGUCAAGCACUAAGUUUGGAAACCUUCGCCUGGCCUGGGACACUGUUAUUUCAGCACCUGUUCACUCAAUCAUUUACCGUCUUCCGUGGGGCGGCCAUAGAGGGCACCCGGGGUUGCACAGCUCAUAUGACACCGUGUCCACCUUCAUCACCUUCAACUUCUCCGUUACCCUCACAGAAGAGGACAAAGGAAAACUGGGAAAUCUUCUUUUACAGUUUGCCAGAUCUGUGCUGCAGAGUCCCGGUGGUGUGGUGUCCUCAUACUGCACCACUGGAUGGGAGUUGAACAACACUUCAUGUUGCGGAAUAUUCCGCUACAUCGGCAUUCAAGAAAUGCAGUCUUUUCUUCAACAGAGUCAGAUGUUUGAGGAACUGCGAUCACUUGCUACCAACGGAACCGAGGUAGAGUUUAUGGAGGUGCGAUGUUAUAAUCAUGGGUGGCAGGGCUCAGCCGAUAAAACUUAUCCCGAGAACCCAGGAGCAGAUGCUUUCUUUGCGAGCAUUAGAGAGCUGUCUCAGCAAAUUGGACCACGUGAGCCAGGGCGCCCAAUGUUUGGCUAG